AUGGCGCCCCCGAAAGCCGCCCAGCUACAAAAGGGUCGCGAUUUCGACUUGGCCAAGCCCUUUGACAAAGAUACUCGAAGGAUCUUGCAAAAGACCGCCGCCGACCUCAUGCGCAAGAGAGGCAAAAUCAACAGCAAGAUGACGAUGGCAUUGGAGCGUCCCACUCAGUCCAGCGAUGUCCAGGAUCAGCAAGACUUUCUACUUCAGCUCUCACUCCGCGAGAAGGCCAAAGAGAAAAAGUUCAUCCGCCGCCAGACCAAAGUCCUGGAAGGAAGACAGAAGAUGCUGGACAUGGAUCCUUCGGACGCUAGAGAGAGGGAUGUCGACCUACUCAAAAGCCUUCUGUCGAAAUUGAGAGACGAAUCCAGCACCUCAAGCGAGGGACUUAAGCACAAAUCAAAGAAUGGCGAUGUUUCUUCCGUUGAGUGGGACACUGAAGAUUCGGAAGACGACAAUGACGAUUACCACAGCGCUCUCGAGAAUGAUCUUAGUGCCAGUCCUCUUAAGGACAAGGAUGUCGCGGUGAUUGGCAGUACUAAGAAGGAGAAGCGAAAGCGUGACGAUGAUACACCUCAAUCCUCCAAGAAGUGGAAGAACGGUCAUUUCGACAAGGAUAACCAGCUACAGGGAGAAAAGGCUCAGCACGACGGUGACAGCAAGCGCAAGAAGAAGCACAAAAAGUCCAAGAACAUCUCACUCAAUGAGAUGAGUACCGAGGACCAACACGAUAUCCCGAAGGCCAAUUCACAUAGCAUUACAACUAAUGACGUCGAGCAUGCCGAGGACACCGGUUCUGGUACUGAUGUCGCAAAGGGACUGAAAAAGACGAAGAAGAAGAAGUCCUCCAAGUCCAAGUCCAAGUCCAAGUCGGCCACAGCUCAUCCCAUUGAGCACGGAAACGAAGCUGAUUUUAGCGAGGUUUCACCUGUUCACCAGAAGGCCGAGGGCCAGAAGAACGCGUCUGCGUCUACUGCCGAGGUGAAGGGAAAGGAGCUUAAGAAGAAGCACAAGAAGUCUCGUUCCAGUGCUCUCGCUGAUGUCGAUAAAGAGGAGCAGGAGCACGGUUCUGAGGCUGUCCCCACCCCUGAAGUAUUCGAGAGGAAGGACACGCCUGUUCUCGUUCACGAGGCGAAGAACGGCAAGAAAAAGAAGAAGCAGAAGAAGACUAAGCAUGCAGAGUUUUCCCAUGCUGUCACAGUUAUCGACGAUGUCAAUGAACACGAGCACCUGAGUGUGGCUGAAGCCAGCCCUGGAGGUGAGGACGCCAAGGAUGGCGAGGUAUUCCAGAAAUACAAGAAACCCAAGAAGGUAGGACACGUCUCGGACAAUGUUGUCGCCAAGGACGACAAAGCCAAUACUGAGCGAGACACACUGGUUCAUAAUGCAAAGGUCGAUGAGCCCACGACCAUCGAGGGAAAGAAGAGAAAGAAACUGCGAAGCACGUCGCUCUCAAUCGCCGAGAAGGAUGAACAGUCCGCCUCGCCAGACAAGAUUAAGGAUUCCAAGACCUCCGUCGACGGCCCACAGAAGGCGAUGUCGUCCCCCAGCACAGCGUUGAAAGGACCUACUCGCAUCCCUAUUCCAGCCACCCCGGACAAUCGCGGAUCUUUCAUCCGCACAGCUGGCCGUACGCCCUUUAACCCCUUCUUGAACUUGAAGCCGCACAGCGUUCAGCAUCCUGCGCCUAGCUUCGUUCCUGAGAAGUCGCCGAAAUCUCCUGACGGCCAGGUCUGGGUUCUUGACACCACUGGAUCGCGCAAGCAGAACAAGAAUCAUGAGGACGACGCGAAGAGCGUGACCAUGACCAUUGGUAAAGUUGACACUCCACACAAGUUCGAUCAGGGUUCCCCGACGCCCCCUCCCAAGAAGGAGCAGAAGAAGCGAGGACGACCCAAGAAGGUCAAGGAGCCUCUUGCCCCUGUGAGCCCUCACCGUGCGGGCUCCUCUGCCAAGGCAACAACCCCACGUGCCCGUGCCAGCAGCGACCUUGCUGCGCUUUUGGGCAGCCCUAAGCGAGCCAAGAAGCUCCAGAAGGUGCUCAAGGAGGAUAAGGCAAUGCUCGAGCAAGAGAAAAAGAGCUGGUACAAGGCAGUGGGCUUGGAUUACGAGGGCUAA